GGAGCAGAGACACCACAGGUAAGGACUCACCUUCAACCCAGGAAUUCCAGAUCUAUAAAAGCGGGUAACCUGAAAGCCUUUUUUUUACACAACUUUUUUAUUCAAAAUUAAAACAAAACAUAUUAUCCAGAAACAGAUCAUCCUUAUUUCCCCCAUUUUUCCUCCCUCCCCCCACAGAACCCACCCACCACCCAAUUUCCCUCAGUUCCAGUCUUUGAUUUCUCUAGAAAUGCUGUUUUCUGCAUGUUACACAGUUGUAUAGAUCCUCAAACUAUUUAGCUGAUUAUUAUCAAUAAAAAGUUUGUGAAUGUUUAUUCAAAGCCAGCCAAGGAGUCCAGUUCGCUUUGUUGUGUCUUCAGAUACUUUGUAAAGGGUUCCCAUUCAUCUUUUAAGUCACAGUUAUCCUUGUCCCGUAGCUUGUAUGUCAGUUUUGCCAGUUCUGCAUAGUCCAUCAAUUUUUCUUGCCGGGAUUCUUUAGUUGGGGUUCUGAAAGCCUUGUUUUGUCUGAAAUCCCGCAAGGUGUCAACGCCCCCUCUACCGCUUUGGCUCUCUGCAUAUACUCUGUGCCACUCUGCGCAUGCUCAGGGGAUAUCAGGGUCUGGUUGCUCUGCGGAAAGAUGUUCCUUCCAUCGAUGUGCAUGGAAAGUGAUGUGCAGGUGAUGGAUUGGUAGUAAUAAUAAUUUAUUAUUUCUACCCCGCACAUCUGGCUGGGUUUCCCCAGCCACUCUGGGCAGCUUCCAACAGAAUAUUUAAAACACAAUAAUCUAUUAAACAUUAAAAGCUUCCCUAAACAGGUAGAUGAAUGCUGGUUUUAUAAGCAAGGGUUGGAUUUGAAAGGUGCACGUUCUUUUCAAACAACCCCCAUUUUAGAAGUUGCAAGGCCAUUGGGCUGUGCUUGCCUUGCUCAGAGUAGACCCAUUGGAAUGAGAGGGAUGAAGUCAAAAGUCCGUUGCUCUCAGUGGGUCAACUCCAAAGUUCGGGCUUCAUCAAAUGCAACUUAUUCUUACUUCUGUUCCUUGUAUCUUUGCAAAGUUCAAGGGGGCAGGUCUCUGCCCCAAAAGGCUUACAAAUCUAAAACGCAGCGCUCCAGGAAGCCGCAAUUUAAGAGGAUGGAGGCAUCAAACUGUCUGGUUGCAAUUUGAAACUUUUCGAAGUGUUGGAAGCCGACUCGAGUGCAGGAAAGAGUUUCAAUCAUGAAAUGAGCAAAUUGCUUUUAAAAAAACUCACAACCUCUGUAUGCUUUUAAGAAUCACAUUCCUAUAUCACUUGCUACUGAGGUGACAGAUGGGUUUUCAUUUAAAGAAGAACCUUUCAAAUUUUACCGUCCGAAAUAUUUCACAAACUGAAACACAGGCAUCCUUUGAAAUCUGCACUUCUCUGAAUUUUGCAACACAAUUCCUUCACCAAGUAAGGUGUUGAAAAAUUGCACAAACUGGGGCAAACUGUAUGUAAAAGCGCAUAGACCCAUAAACUUGGGAGGGACCGUGAGGGUCUUCCAGUCCAACCCCAGCAUAUUCGUAAAAAUAACAUGCAAAAAAGGGCAUUAUAUUAGGAGAAAUUGCUUUGCAAAAAUAUAAAUAUCAGCUAAAAUGGCAAGCAAACAUAGGUAUUCUAGGAUAAAUGAACACCUGCUGCACCUGACUUGGCAGUAAGCGUCAUUACACAACAGAUGAAACAUGUACAGACAGUUUCUUCUUUAUGCUUCUUCUUGUACUUGUUGUUUAGUCGUUUAGUCGUGUCCGACUCCUCGUGACCCCCUGGACCAGAGCACGCCAGGCCCUCCUGUCUUCCACUGCCUCCCACAGUUUGGCCAGACUCAUGUUUGUAGCUUCGAGAACACUGUCCCACCAUCUUGUCCUCCGUCGUCCCCUUCUCCUUGUGCCCUCCAUCUUUCCCAACUUCAGGAUCUUUCCCAGGGAGUCUUCUCUUCUCAUGAGGUGGCCAAAGUCUUGGAGCCUCAGCUUCAGGAUCUGUCCUUCCAGUGAGCACUCAGGGCUGAUUUCCUUCCGAAUGGAGAGGUUUGAUUUUCUUGCAGUCCAUGGGACUCUCAAGAGUCUCCUCCAGCACCAUAAUUCAAAAGCAUCAAUUCUUCGGUGAUCAGCCUUCUUUAUGGUCCAGCUCUCACUUCCAUACAUCACUACUGGGAAAACCAGAGCUUUAACUAUAUGGACCUUUGUCGGCAAGAUGCUGUCUAAGUUUGUCAUUGCUUUUCUCCCAAGAAGCAGGUGUCUUUUAAUUUUGUGGCUGCUUCUACAGACCCCUUAAUUUUAUUCUGUGCUCCCCAAUUGGACCCAUGGCUACUCCUGACUCCCCAGAUUGUUCCAGUGCCCCCCAGGUGCCCACUUUGGGCAAUACUGUUUCAAAGGAUGCUUUGAUUCAAGAAGAAGAAGAAGAAGAAGAAGAAGAAGAAGAAGAAGAAGAAGAAGAAGAAGAAUUUCAUAUCAAGGUUCUUUCCAGCCUGAAUGCCCCCACAGGUGCAAUGCUCAGACUCUCAGCUCAGAUUUUGCCAAAGGUCUUAAGGCUUAUAUGUAUGGUUUUGUUGUUGUUGUUGUUGAGUCAUUUAGUCGUGUCCGCCUCUUCCUGACCCCCUGGACCAGAGCACGCCAGGCACUCCUGUCUUCCACUGCCUCCCGCGGUUUGGUCAGACUCAUGUUACUAGCUUCAAGAACACUGUCCAACCAUCUUGUCCUCUGUUGUCCCCUUCUCCUUGUGCCCUCCAUCUUUCCCAACAUCAGGGUCUUUUCCAGGGAGUCUUCUCUUCUCAUGAGGUGGCCAAAGUCUUGGAGCCUCAGCUUCAGGAUCUGUCUAUGUCUGGUUAGAAUAGGUCAACUGAAUUUGCCAGCGAGUUUCUUCUGUAUUUUGUCUUCUGAAGUCUUCCACCACCCUCCAAUAUACUGGGCAAUUUUCUAUUUUAAAAACAAAUUUAUUUUGAAUUAAUGGACUAUGCAGAAUUAGAUAAGAUGACAGGAAGGAUCCGAAAGCUGCGGGACCAGAGAUUCUCAGAGGACUGGUGUAACUAUUUGAACUAUUUGAAAAGCAAUUGCAAUAAGCAGAUUACGCUAAUAGGACUGCAAGAAGUUUUGUAAGGAGGACGUUGCGAAAUAUUGCAAUGAAGAUUAUGAGGAGAGUUAUUAGUUAAGGAUGAUUAAAAGUAAUAGAGAAAUUAAGAAAUGUAGAUAAAGUGAUGAACAUUGAAAAAUCUUCAGAUGCGGUUGAUGGAAGUGCAAAACAUUGUGUAAAAUAAGAAAAUAUGUUAAAUGAUUGUUGGAAAUGAUAUGUUAAUUUAAAAAAAUAAAAAAUAUAUUUAUUUGGUUUUUCAAAUUAAAGUUUUACAAUCACAAACAUACAACACACAACAUAAAAACAAGAUUCCAAAGAAACUUCUCCCUAUUAUUAAUCAUUAUUAAUUAUAUGAUUAAUCAUUAUUCAUUAUUAAUCAUUUCCUCCUGGAUCUUUUAUAAUAAUCCAAAUCUUUUACCUCUCCAUUACAUCCAAAACCCAUUAUUAAACUACAAGCGUUAUUCCAAAUCCUACCUACAAUUUUCACUGAUUGCAAUGGUUUUUUAAAUUAUAAAUUCCCCCCAUUCCUUAUUAAAAUUUCUGUCUUCCUGAUUUCUGAUUCUUCCGGUCAUUUUUGCCAUUUUGGCAUAAAUCCAUCAAUUUAAUCUGCCAUUCUUCUCUGGGCAGGACUUUGUCCUCUUUUAUCUCUGGGCCAAUAACAUCUGUGCAGCUGUGGUUGCAUACAUAGCCUUCUCUGUUCUGUUUGGAUUUCAGCACCUAAUUUUCUAUAUUACACUUUCAGCAAAGCUAUCAUUCUUCCGCAACUCAUCCCAGAUGCCAACAACAGCAUCUUUCAUCCUCAUCUUGAGGUCAGGGAUGCUGAACUUGUUGCAGGGAAGGUUUUAAGGAGGAUAAUAAUUUUAAUUUUUAUACCACACCCAUAUGGUUGUCUUGGCAGUGUAUUAUAAUUAUAUACAGAGGGCCUUCUCGGUGGUGGCGCCAGCCCUGUGGAACACCCUCCCAUCAGAUGUCAAAGAAAUAAACAACAACCUGAUGGUUAGAAGACAUAUGAAGGCAGCGCUGUUAAGGGGAGCUUUUAAUGACUGAUGUUGUAAUGUAUUUUUAAUCUUUGGUUGGAAGCCGCCCAAAGUGGCUGAGGAAACCCAGCCAGAUGGGCAGGGUAUAAAUAACAAAUUAUUAUUAUUAUUAUUAUUAUUAUUAUUAUUAUUAUUAUACCACCUUUCCUCACAUGAUCUCAGGGCCAUUCACAAGGUAAAACCACAAAUAUAUAGUUAAACAAAAGCAAAAAAAGUGGCCUCCUGUAUAGUCAUACCUCGGGUUAAAGUUGCUUCGGGUUGAGCGUUUUCAGGUUGCGCUCCACGGCGACCCGGAAGUAAUGGAAUGCGUUACUUCUGGGUUUCGCCACUUGCGCAUGUGCAGACGGUCAAAAUGACGUCACGCGCAUGUGCAGAAGCGGCGAAUCGCGACCCGCGCAUGCGCAUGCGCAGACACGGGUUGCAUUCGCUUCAGGAUGUGAACGGGGCUCCGGAACGGAUCCCGUUCACAUCCAGAGGUACCACUGUAGUGUCCCAGGCCAGUCGGUUUAACUCAUUUCUAGGUGGCAAAAUUGACCAGAAUUCUGACAUGGUGCAACUAGUUCCCUUUACUCUAAAACACGGACGCCCAAAAAAUUUACUUCGGUUUCCAUUGUGGCUCUUCGAACUCGGAAAGGCCAGAGCUCGAUUUCUCUUCCAUCACCUCAGCUGUUUUCUUUUUAAUAUUGUUCUUGUUCUUGUUUUUUAUUUAUUUGCGUUUCUGAUGUAAUUCCCUAUCAACAAAAGAUAAACAAAAACGAUGCGAAAGGAAAAGAAUAUCUGAAAUAAAAAAAGAAGUAGCUUUUUCGGAUAUCAAAGAAUAGACAGAAAAGAGACUUCCCACCCUUUCCUUCCAUGAUUCUCUUUUUCCCGCUUUUUCUGCCCCCCCCCAUCUAUUGCAACUACUUUUUUAAACUUUAGUUAUUUCUUACACUGCUGAAACUCUUACCAUGUGGCUAGGCCACCUCAUCUGUUUUCAGACAGAAUCCUAGAAUUGUCCGACCAAAGUGGGAUGGCUUCUAAAAUGGAUGGAUUAUGCAAAAUCGCCUGUAAAACUAAGAGAUCGAAAUGAUGAACUGUGGAAAAUUGGAGGCAUUUCCCCCCUGUUUCCAUCAGAAAAAUGUCGGAGGGUAUGCAAUAUGAAAUCGCGAGCAGGGUUCGAGAUACGAGCGGCGGAGCAAAGACAAUAAGAUGGAGUUAGCGGGGUUACCAGUGAGUUGAAUGCAGCAAUAAAGGAUAAGAAUUAAGAUGUCAGGGUGGGCCGCCCAACCUCUGCUUAUAAACCUCCAAGGAAGGCGAGUCCACAAAUGUGUGAAUGAUAUACUGUAGGUGAAGUCAAUUUGUUAAAACCUUUGAAUAAUCUAAUAAACAAUAGUAAAGGUAAAGGGACCCCAGACCAUUAGGUCCAGUCGUGGCCGACUCUGGGGUUGUGGCGCUCAUCUCACUUUAUUGGCCGAGGGAGCCGGCGUGCAGCUUCCGGGUCAUGUGGCCAGCAGGACUAAGCCGCUUCUGGCGAACCAGAGCAGCGCACGGAAACGCCAUUUACCUUCCCGCCAGAGCGGUACCUAUUUAUCUACUUGCACUUUGACGUGCUUUCGAACUGCUAGGUUGGCAGGAGCAGGGACCGAGCAACGGGAGCUCACCCCGUCGCAGGGAUUCAAACUGCCGACCUUCUGAUCGGCAAGCCCAAGCAGCUCUGUGGUUUAACCCACAGCGCCACCCGCAUCCCUAAUAAACAAUAAUAUCCCUUUAAAAAAGAACCGUAGAGCUGGGAGGGAAUUGCGAAGGUUAACAAGUCCAACCCCUUUGCAGUGCAGGAAUAUUUUUGCCCCAUGCCGGGCUCGAACCCACGAACCUGAGAUGAAGUGUGCUCUAUUGACCUAGCCAUCCCACUUGGGAGGUUACAACGCACACUGGCCCGCAGGUUCAGCUGGGCACAAGGCGUUGUUCCGGCUUUCCUUUUGAAGAGCAGAAUGAGCACAGUCCUAUGUGCGUUUGUUGUCCCGAGGACCAGAAUGGUGCAAGGCCAGUGAACAUUCCCUUGAGUCAGCAGGGUUUGCUGAAAUUACCGUAUUUUUUGCUCUAUAAGACUCACUUUUUCCCUCCUAAAAAGUAAGGGGAAAUGUGUGUGUGUGUUAUGGAGCGAAUGCAGGCUGCACAGCUAUCCCAGAAGCCAGAACAGCAAGAGGGAUUGCUGCUUUCACUGCGCAGCGAUCCCGUGCCUCUUGUGGUCUGGUGCGUCUUAUAGAGCCAAAAAUGCGGUAUACAUUUCAAGGGUUGAAAACAUGCUUCGGACCCCAUCGUUUUCAUCCUUACAACAGCCUGGGAAAGCAGACCAGGCCAUGUGGUCCACUGCCAUGGCAGGUGGAAGGGAAACAGGACAAUUGGAGGUUGCAAGAACAGAUGUUCUCGGCUAAGGCAUGACAGCAAUCUCUCCUGGGUUGAUGUUGUCACAGUCUCAGUGAGACAAGGCAUGGGUGGAUGUGUCAAUCCCCAUUUCUGAUUCCCUCCCCCUCCUCCAUCUUAAAUCCAGUACUCCACACUUCCACAUCAAUCUGAGAUUUUAUUUUCCCUCGCGAAAAUUCAUCAGCACCGUUUUCUCCAAACCUUUGCAAUUUUGCUCCGUGUAAACAUUUUCGCAAAGCAUAACGCAAUGGAUCUGCUAUUUUGUUUUCACUCAUUUCCACACGCGCUUUCACCCCGGAAUAUGCCUUUUUUAGACGCAUCCCUUUGGCUGGAUAAUUUCACGGCAAAAUUCGGAGAAGGGCGGAUUUCAAAAGAGGCUGUGUUCGGGUUUGUGCAUCUUUCUGCACAGCAGUUGCCUUUAAACGCGGACGGAUUCAAAUUCCUUCCCCCUCCAUCUUUGAGAGUGUGAACUCUGCCCUGCUCUCCUAAGCACCUUGCAAUUGGCCAGACGAAACCGACUGCAUGGCAAUAAAAUGUGAAUUGCCACCAAUUUGCGCUUAGCUAGCUCUACAAAACUCGUUUACAGCCACCCCUGCCCACCGCCUUCAUUACUGUGGAGAGGGAGGCAAGAGGCGUGGGAGAAUCUCUUAUCUCAAUGCAGUGAGAGAGAGAGAGAGAGAGAGAGAGAGAGAGAGAGAGAGAUUCUUGCAUAAUUCCAGGAAUAUAUAAUCUGAAACAACGGUUUGUCUUUUCCUUCACCGAUUCCAGGUGUAAGGGAACUUCAGGCUACCAGCCUGGCCUGCAAACCUUUUCCCCAAACCAUGCCCACCCACCAGGAGUGCCAGCUUUGCACCGCGACUGUGGGUGCCCAGAGCCAAAUUUUGUGGGUGCCUGGCCCCUUGAUGGGGAUUUUGUGGGUGCUUGGGCCCACAGGGAGUUGGCACCUAUGCCUCUCACCCUGCUCAUCACGGCAAAUGCGAUGCCAGGCGUCGUUGUUGUUGAGUCGUGUCAGCCUCUUCGUGACCCCUAGACCAGAGCAUGCCAGGCACUCCUGUCUUCCACUGCCUCCCGCAGUUUGGUCAAACUCAUGCUGGUAGCUUUGAGAACGCUGUCCCACCAUCUCGUCCUCUGUCGUCCCCUUCUCCUUGUGCCCUCCAUCUUUCCCAACAUCAGGGUCUUUUUCGGGGAGUCUUCUCUUCUCAUGAGGUGGCCAAAGUAUUGGAGCCUCAGCUUCAGAAUCUGUCCUUCCAGUGAGCACUCAGGGCUGAUUUCCUUCAGAAUGGAGAGGUUUGAUCUUCUUGCAGUCCAUGGGACUCUCAAGAGUCUCCUCCAGCACCAUAAUUCAAAAGCAUCCAUUCUCUGGCGAUCAGCCUUCUUUAUGGUCCAGCUCUCACUUCCACUCUCACUGCCAGGAGUCAGAUGGUUACAAAUUGAGGAAGGGCCACAGCUCAGUGGGACAGCACCUUCCUUGCAAGCGGAAGGUGGAAGAGACUUCCCCCCAAAAUCAUGGUGAGCCUCUGUCAGUCAGUGUAAUCAACCCUGAUUUAGGUGGACCAAAUGUUCAGCCUCUGCAUAAGACGGCUUCCUAAUGGUCUCUCUCAGGAGGUGGCGGGCUCUCCUUCGUUGGAUGUUUUUAAGCAGCGGUUCGGUGGCCAUCUGCCAGGGUGCUUUAGCUGAGAUCCCUGUGUUGCAGGGGGUUGGAUUAGAGGAACUUUGGAUGUCCAAUUCCAACUCUACCAUUCUAUGAUUCUACGUUCCUACAGGUAAAGAUUCCAAGGGACAACCGGGAGCUCACUUUUUGCUCAUUCCCACUGGUCCAAUCAUCUCUUGCUCGGACCGAGGCACCGUUCCCACUGGUCCAAUCAUCUCUUUCUUCCCCUCUGCCUGAUCCGAGACCGGCCAGGUCCAUGGGACCCACCCUCUCGCACAGAUUCUCUUUCUCUCCUUGCCUGCUGCCACUUCCGUCCGUCAAAUUUCUCUGUCCCUAUGGGCAGUUGCAUGGCUUUUACCUGGGAUGUUUCUAGAUCCGUGCAUUAAAGAUGUGCUGGAUACCAGUCUAUUGCUAAGCUAAUUUCAAGGCGUUACUGUUCAGGUCUUAAACAGCCUGCGACCUGCCUUGCCCCUCGUAAACCGGCCAAACCGCUGCACUCCUCUUCUGACCAUCUCCUGGUCCCGUGUCCCUAUGGAGGUAAAAAAGGUAAAGGUAAAGGACCCCUGAGGGAUGCGGGUGGCGCUGUGCGUUAAACCACAGAGCCUAGGACUUGCCGAUCAGAAGGUCGGCGGUUCGAAUCCCUGCGACCAGGUGAGCUCCCAUUGCUCGGUCCCUGCUCCUGCCAACCUAGAAGUUCGAAAGCACGUCAAAGUACAAGUAGAUACAGUGGUACCUCGCAAGACGAAUGCCUCGCAAGACGGAAAACUCGCAAAACGAAAGUGUUUUUGGUUUUUUGAGUUGCUUCGCAAGACGAUUUUCCCUAUGGGCUUGCUUCGCAAGAUGGAAACGUCUUGCAAGUUUGUUUCCUUUUUCUUAAAACCGUUAAUACAGUUGCAACUUGACUUCGAGGAGCAACUCAUAGCACGCGGUGUGGUAGCCUUUUUUGAGGUUUUUGAAGACUUUGGUGAUUUUUGAAGCUUUUCCAAAACUUUUCCGAUACCGUGCUUCGCAAGAUGAAAAAAAACGCAAGACGAAAAAACUCACGGAACGAAUUAAUUUCGUCUUGCAAGGCACCACUGUAAAUAGGUACCGCUCUGGGGGGAAGGUAAACGGCAUUUCCGUGCGCUGCUCUGGUUCGCCAGAAGCGGCUUAGUCCUUCUGGCCACAUGACCCAGAAGCUGUACACCGGCUCCCUCGGCCAAUAAAGCGAGAUGAGCUCCGCAACCCCAGAGUCGGCCACGACUGGACCUAAUGGUCAGGGGUCCCUUUACCUUUUCAAAGGACUCCUGACAGUUAAGUCCAGUUGCGAAUGACUCUGGCAAUAAAAGCCAACCUCUCAGUUAAUGAAAGCCCUGCUUAUCCCAAAUGCUCCAUGUCUCUUCUUCUAAAUAGUUUGGCUUGCCUGGUAUCAAACACAUAGGCUUUCAAGCCUAUCGUGACAGGCUUGACAAAGCAAAGUUCUGCUGAGAUUGUUGAGAUUGUUGACACGGCCAACACUGCAUUCUCUGUUAUCAGUGUUGCAGAGAUGCCUCUUGCAGAAAAGGGCAUUUUGCCUUUUUGGAGGAUUACACCGAAAACUCCUGCCAUACAGACGCCCCACUUGAAAGCUUGUGGGGGAAUUAAUCCGAGAAUGACACGCAGUACAAAUUUAGCCCUGUCAUUGUUAAGAAAUUGGGGAGGACAGAUUUCACUUUAACCUACAAUUGUCACGUCCUGUUGGACAAUCCACUUGUUGUUUUUUAGUAGUGUUCGACUCUCUGUGACCCCAUGAACCAGAGCAUGCCUUGGAAACUCCCACUUUCUUCUCAAAAAUUCUCCCUUUUUUUAAUGUCCACGGAGUUUUCUUGGCAAAAGACUGGAGUGGUUUGCCAGUUCCUUCUCCAGGUGGAUCACAUUUAGUCUAAACUGUGGGUAGGCAAAGUAAGGCCCCGGGGGCCGGAUCCGGCCCAAUCACCAGACUAUAUUUUGGAGGGGGGGGAAAUGAACGAAUUCCUACGCCCCACAAAUAACCCAGAGAUGCAUUUUAAAUAAAAGCACACAUUCUACUCAUGUCAAAACACGCUGAUUCCUGAACUGUCUGUGGGCCGGAUUUAGAAGGCGAUCCGGCCCCCAGGGCCUUAGGUUGCCUACCCCUGUUCUAAAGCUGUUGUCACGCGAAGAAACACUCUUUUGUUUUCAUUUUGGAUGCUUAUCGUUAAAAUGCCUAACAAAAAAAAGCUUCAGGUUUAUUUAGGAAUGUAUAUUUUAGCAUUUAUUUAUUUUUAAGUUCCUCAUAAAUCAUGUCCCAAUUUUUUUUGAUUUGGGGACCAGUCCACCACAUGUGGAAUAAGGUUCCUUCAUUUUCUUUGCAUCUUCCCGGCAGAUUCUUGUACACCAGCUCAGAGCCGUCGCAGGGCGUCAAAGUGUGUGCUGCAAUAUUUCAGAGGGAAGGAGAUAUGGAAAAUCUGGUUCUUUUUCUCCACUGCAACGCAACUAAGGUGUUGUGUUCUUCUUUUUUGAAAGGUGUUGCCACCAUGCCUAGUAUAUUUGCCUACCAAAGCGCUGAAGUGGACUGGUGCGAAGAGAAUUUUGCGCAGUCAGAGUACAUUGCAGAAUAUUACAACACGGUAAGCCGCCGUUCUGGUCUGCCCUCAUUUAUUUCAUCUUAUUUAUUUAUUCAAUAAACAAAAUGUACUUGUUCACCAGGACCUGGCGAGGAUGUGCUGAGAACCUUGGCUAUGGUCUAGUCAAGGAGAUCCAACUUUUCAGAUGUUCCCUUGCAAAUGAAAUAAAAAUUUAGGGUUCCAUCGAGGCAUCAGAGUUGCUUUUGCGGUCUGGGCGAGGAGGAACCAAGCGGCUCUCAGAAGCUGUACAUGUUUUCUUCCAUACAAUACAGUGGUACCCCGGGUUAAGUACUUAAUUCGUUCCGGAGGUCCGUUCUUAACCUGAAACUGUUCUUAACCUGAAGCACCACUUUAGCUAAUGGGGCCUCCUGCUGCUGCCGCGCCGCCGGAGCACAAUUUCUGUCCUCAUCCUGAAGCAAAGUUCUUAACCCGAGGUAAUACUUCUGGGUUAGCAGAGUCUGUAACCUGAAGCGUAUGUAACCUGAAGCACAUGUAAUCCGAGGUGCCACUGUAUUUUGAUUUCAGAAAGGCUUUUGACAAAGUGCCCCGUGAUAUUCUCGCGAGGAAGCUGGUAAAAUAUGGGUUGAACGAGGCAACGUUUAGGUGAUUGACUGACCAAACUGAAAUAUACUCAGAGUUGAGUGUUGAUUUCAUGCUCUUCAUUUCAGCUCAUGGUAAACAGUGUGUGAGUGCUUUCCCCCCAAAACCUCUGGCUAUAUAAACAUUAUUUUCACAAUGUGAUUGGCUGAUUCAACUCCCCUCCUGGAGCCUGAUUGGACUGUUCCUGCAGGCCAAUCAGGUUGCUGAUUCACUUCUUCCAGGAGCCGGAUUGGGCAGCUCCUGCAGACCAAUCAGGUUGCUGCCUUCUAGGAUCCCACCUGUCUAUUGUUCUAGGAUCCAACCUCAGUGCAUAACAGAAACCCAAAGUUUUCUUUGUCAUCCUGGGAAAAAGUGACGAGUGAGGUGCCACAGGGUUUGUCCUGGGCCCGUUGUUGUUCAAUGUCUUUAUAAAUGACUUGGAUGAAGAAUUGAGGGGCUGCUGAUCAAAUUUGCAGAUGACACCAAACUGGGAGACGUAGCUAAUGCCGCAGGAGACAGAAUCAGAAUUCAAAAUGACCUUAAUGGAUCAGAGAACGGCGCAAGCUAACAAAAUGAAUUUCGAUAGGGACAAAUGUAAGCUACUCUGCUUAGGCAGGAAGAACCAGAUGCACAAAUAUAGAAUGGGGGACACCUGGCUUACUAGCAGUACAUGUGAAAGGUAUCUAGGGGUCUUGGUGGACCACAAGCCGAACAUGGGUCCACAAUGUGACGCAGCAGCGAAAAAAGCAAAUGCUAUUCUAGGCUGCAUCAACAGAAGUCUAGUGUCCAGAUUAAGAGAAGUCAUGGUUCCGCUCUAUUCUGCCUUGGUCAAACCACACCUGGAAUACUGUGUCCAAUUCUGGGCACCACAGUUUAAGAAGAAUGUUGACAAGCUGGAAGGUGGGCAGAGGAGGGUGACUGAGAUGAUCAAGGGUCUGGAAACCAAGCCUGAUGAGGAACGGUUGAAGGAGUUGGGCAUGUUUAGCCUGGAAAAGAGAUGGGGAGAUAUGAUAUCUCUUCUUGAAAUAUCUCAAGGGAAAUGGGAGCAAGCUUGUUUUCUCCUGCUCAGGACUUCAACUUACAAGCAAGGAGAUUCCGACUAAACUGAAGGUUCAAGCCAGACAUAGGCAAACUCCAGUCCUCCAGAUGUUUGGGACUACAAUUCCCAUCAUCCCUGACCCCUGGUCCUGUUAGCUAGGGGUGAUGGGGAUUGUAGUCCCAAACAUCUGGAGGAGAAGAAGAAGAGUUUGGAUUUGAUAUCCCGCUUUAUCACUACCCGAAGGAGUCUCAAAGCGGCUAACAUUCUCCUUUCCCUUCCUCCCCCACAACAAACACUCUGUGAGGUGAGUGGGGCUGAGAGACUUCAAAGAAGUGUGACUGGCCCAAGGUCACCCAGCAGCUGCAUGUGGAGGAGCGGGGAAGCGAACCCGGUUCACCAGAUUACAAAUCUACCGCUCUUAACCACUACACCACACUGGCUUUCUGGAGGGCCGGAGUUUGCCUAUGGCUGGUUUGAGCUGAAGGUUUCCUGGGCCCGAGUCGUCGCGGCCAUUUGCACCUCGAAUCCGGACCGGUAGCAUAUUGCACCAGCCACACACGGACCGCUUCCUGCAGAAACUGAAUAUUCCGAUUGCAAAUUCCACGCCAUGCCGAGGGAUGGGAAAUAUUGCAAAGGUGCAUCCAAGGUGAAUAAACUCCCCUCUCCCUCAGUCCCGAAGCUCCAAAUUCUGGCUCGAUGCCAAAAAAGGAAGGAGGGUGUGGUGUUUGCUUCAGAACUGCUUCUCCUGGCACAGAGAAAGUGGGGCGCCCAUUUAAGCAGCUGACCACCCACACACCUUCACAGAGAUCCAGAAAAUAAACCGGCUUUACCUGCUCAGCUUCUGGAGCUGGCUGGCUGGCGUCUGCCCCACGGCAAGGCUUGGGGAGGCGGGAAGAGGGCAGGGUCUCCAGGAGCCCCUGACUUCACCUCCUCCUCGCUGGGAUCUCGCGUUUAGGCUGCAGGCACACAGCAGAGCACAUUUGAAAGCAUCUCCACCACAGGCCCCCCAACCCCCGCCUCCAAGCAGAUAACAGGGAACUGUGAUGCGCUGACGUGUUUAAACCAGAGAAAAGUCACAUGAAGCAUUUACUAAAGACCGGGAAAAGAAAACGACGCUUGCGACACUUGGCUUGAGGAGCGACGGUAAUGUUGCUUGGGAGAAAGAGUUUUCGCUGGGUGUUAUCUUGGAGUGGGUGGGUGGGUGAAAUAACAUUUACCGUAUUUUUUGCUCUAUAAGACUCACUUUUUCCCUCCUAAAAAGUAAGGGGAAAUGUGUGUGCGUCUUAUGGAGCGAAUGCAGGCUGCGCAGCUAUCCCAGAAGCCAGAACAGCAAAAAGGAUGGCUGCUUUCACUGUGCAGCGAUCCCUCUUGCUGUUCUGGCUUCUGAGAUUCAGAAUAUUUUUUUUUCUUGUUUUCCUCCUCCAAAAACUAGGUGCGUCUUAUGGUCUGGUGCGUCUUAUAGAGCGAAAAAUACGGCAUAUCGAGCUGACGGACAAAGAAUCGAAAGUUCUCUAUUUUUCUUCUUUCUCUGUUUCCUCUCUUAUGUUCCCCUCUGUACAUUCUAUCUUUCUAGCUCCCUCAUCUCCUUUUCUCUCUUUUUGUUUUUUGUACUUUUGUUUAGAUUAACGUUUGUUUUGAUUUUUUUUUUAAAAAAAGUUUGAUAAUAAUCUUGACAUCCCUUGACAUCUUGACAUCCCCCCCUAAUUCUAACGAGAUCUAUUUUUGAAAAGGAGCUGGGAUGGGUUAAAGGUGCUGGGAAAUGGAGCUUUGUGAGGGAUGCGGGUGGCGCUGUAGGUUAAACCACAGAGCCUAGGACUUGCCGAUCAGAAGGUCGGCGGUUCGAAUCCCCGCAAUGACAGGGUGAGCUCCCGUUGCUCGAUCCCUGCUCCUGUCAACCUAGCGGUUUGAAAGCACGUCAAAGUGCAAGUAGAUAAAUAGGUACCGCUCCAGCGGGAAGGUAAACGGCGUUUCCGUGCGCUGCUCUGGUUCGCCAGAAGCGGCUUAGUCCUGCUGGCCACAUGACCCGGAAGCUGUACGCCGGCUCCCUCGGCCAAUAAAGCGAGAUGAGCGCCGCAACCACAGAGUCGGCCAUGACUGGACCUAAUGGUCAGGGGUCCCUUUACCAUGUUUACUAAGGGGUAAACAUGGCUGAAGUAUACUCAGCGUUGAGUAUUGAUUUCAUGCUCUUUAUUUCAGCUCAUGGUAAACAGUGAGCGAGUGCUUCCCCCCCAAAACCUCUGGCUAUAUACACAUUAUUUUCACAAUGGGUCUCGUGUGAUUGGCUGAUUCAACUCCCCUCCUGGAGCCUGAUUGGACUGUUCCUACAGGCCAAUCAGGUUGCUGAUUCACUUCCUCCUGGAGCCGGAUUGGGCGGCUCCUGUAGACCAAUCAGGUUGCUUCCUUCUAGGAUCCUACCUGCCUAUUGUUCUAGGAUCCAAGCUCAGUAGAUAGCAGUGGCAUAGCGGGGUUGCCAGGACCCGGGGCUGCACAGAGGGUUGGGAGGCUGAGAAUCAGACAGCAUACACAUGUGCAUACAACCGCUUCACUGCGUCCGCAUCACCGAGAAGAUCACAGCCACAGAGAUAAGAAGAGUCGUGCCAUUGUUUGCAGAGGUCACUUCCUGGUUCGCAUGGAGAAGCCAUUUUGAAUGGAGCCUAGCUGUAUUGUAAUAUGGUCUGAAGCUCAACAUCAAAAAACGAAGAUCGUGGCCACUGGUCCCAUCACCUCCUGGCAAAUAGAAUGGGAAGAAGUGGAGGCAGUGAGAGAUUUUACUUUCUUGGGCUCCAUGAUCACUGUCUCCCUUCCAAUUUGAAACCAUACCGGACCCUGCUUAGCUUUGCAAACGCGCCAGCACUUUUAUGGCUGCGCCACUGGGAGAACAAAAAAAACCCCAACGCUCCUCAAAAGUUGAUUGUGAACUGAUCUUAAUAAAUACAUAAUAAAUAGCUAAUUGUUCAAUUUCGGAUGGCCGCUGGAGCCACUAUGGCUUGUUUCUGGAGACAGACCUUAGCAGAGCCCAAUUUUCUUCUAGAUAUUCCCAGGCUUUGGGAACCGACUUUACUAGAAAAGAUGACCCAAAAAUGAUGUGUUUCCGGGGGACAAAUAAAAAAAUGGAUAGAUUUGUAGAGGUCAUGUUUGAUUUUAUUACACAUGCCAGAAUGUGGUCUGUCCCCUCCCUCUGCUUAUCAAUGGAUUUGUUAAUUCACUAAUAUUCUCUUUACGUCGCUUUUCUUUCUUUCUUCUUAACAAUGCUUUUUUCCACGCAGGCGUACGCAUGCCCCUAAACAUUUUGCAAAUCUUUGUACUUUUGUCCAUUCACUGUAUUUAUUUUCCCCCUGGUUUGAACUAUAAAAUGGUGAUUUUCCUGAGUCAAAAUGAGAGUACCCCCUUUAAAGGGAAAAAAAGCACUGAUUCUUGAUAAGGGGGUGUUGCUGUUUUUUGUUUGCUUGUUUUUUUGAAGUUGAUGGUUGCAACCAAGCGAUUCAAAGUGUGGAACGUUCCAAAUCACACAUUAAAAACGAGAACGACAAGAAAACACUCUCCUUGUUCGCUGCUGUUUUGCAGAUCAGCAACGUUGGUUUCUUCAUCCUGCCGCCUAUCAUGAUGUUCCUGAACCCACAGUACAUCCAGUACCGACCAGUUCCCAUCCCGGGUCUUACUAUCAUGUCAACAUUGAUUGGUACGUUCCCUGGGGGAAUCAGAAGGGAAGGGACGCACCCUCCAGAUCAAAAGAAUUUAUUUCUUUACGCAAUCACGGCAUCCCGAAUUAUACAUACCCAGAAACGGAGAGACAGAACAAUGCCAGCAAGAGGAGGAAUUGCAAGUGAAAUGGUAGAAUUAGCAAACGUAACUUAUAGAAUAGGGACGCGGGUAGCACUGUGGUCUAAACCACAGAGCCUAGGACUUGCCGUUCGGAAGGUCGGCGGUUCGAAUCCCCGCGACGGGGUGAGCUCCCGUUGCUCGGUCCCUGCUCCUGCCAACCUAGCAGUUCGAAAGCACGUCAAAGUGCAAGGAGAUAAAUAGGUACCACUCCGGCGGGAAGGUAAACAGCGUUUCCAUGCGCUGCUCUGGUUCGCCAGAAGCGGCUUAGUCAUGCUGGCCACAUGACCCAGAAGCUGUAUGCCGGCUCCCUUGGCCAAUAAAGAGAGAUGAGCGCUGCAACCCCAGAGUCGUCUGUGACUGAACCUAAAGGUCAGGGGUCCUUUUACCUUUAACUUAUAGAAUAAGUCCUUUCUUUUAGCAGAUCAAGAUGAUCUCAGGUUCUGGCUUGCACUCCUUAUAAAGACUUGAGGAAUGAGAUUAUCACCUCUCUUUUAUUGUCCAUUCCGGGUCGCCCAACCACUGCCACAGUGUCCUUUCUCUCGGCAGAUCAAGAUGAGAAGGCGACAGCAACGGUGGCAAGGUUUUUAGCUGGGGAAAUCAGAAUAACACCCACUAUUUGAUUCGAAACCCUAAAAUGUAUUUUAUAUAAUUGACUUUUUAUUUCUAUUCUUUGUAUAUCGUAUCGUUGUUUUAUUGCUACGGCUGAUGGCUGGCGCAAGUAAAGCGAGAUGAGCGCCGCAACCCCAGAGUCGUUCACAAAUGGACUUAACUGUCAGGGGUCCUUUACCUUUUUUUUAUAUUGAUAGUGAAUUGGGGGGCAGGGCCAAGUGUGGGGCCCUAAGCUAUAGCUUGUUUAGGUAAAGGUAAAGGGACCCCUGACCUUUAGGUUCAGUUGCAGACGACUCUGGGGUUGCAGCGCAUGGAAAUGCCGUUUACCUUCCCGCUGGAGCGGUACCUAUUUAUCUACUUGCACUUUGACGUGCUUUCGAACUGCUAGGUGGGCAGGAGCAGGGACCGAGCAAUGGGAGCUCGAACCGCCGACCUUCUGAUCGGCAAGCCCUAGGCUCUGUGGUUUAGACCACAGCACCACCCGCAUCCCUAUAUAGCUUGUUUAGCUUAUACGUAAAUCCGGCGCUGAUUCAGACUAAACAUCAGAAGGAACUUUGUGGCAGUAAGAGCCUUUCAACAGUGGAAACUUUCUCUCCCGGAAGCUGCCGGGCUCUUCCUCCUUGGAGGGUUUUAAAGAGAGUUUGGAUGUCCACCUGUCAGCGAUGCCAAGAUUCCUGCCUUGCAGAGGGUUAGAAUCCUAGAACUGUAGAGUUUGAAGGGAACUCCAAGGAUCAUCUAGUCCAACCCCUGGCAAGGCAGGAAUCUCAGCUAAAGCAUCCAUGACGUUUAGCCCUCGGGGUCCCUUCCAGCUCUACAAUUCUGUGGUUCUACUAUUCUUCUGGGAGCCCAGGGAGCCCAACGUUCUGGACUCACAGAACUGUACAGUUGCAUGGGACCUCGUGGGCCAUCUAGUCUGACCCCCUAAAGAAAGGACCAGCCGCAGCCCCGUGGGAGAGAAGCUGCUUUGAGUGCAGAAGGCUGCAAGCUAGAUUCCCCUCUUUUCAUCCUGCAGGUCUGUUCUCCGGCUACUUCCAUAUGACUCUCAGCUACGCAGGGCAGAUGCUGGACGAACUCUCCAUCCUCUGGGCAAUCUCUCUCUGCUACGCUUUCUGGUUGCCUGUUCACUAUUACCCAUCGUUCAUCAAAAACAGGUAAGUGGGGGGGAAUAAGGAACUGCUGGGGCACCUGGAGAACCAGGCAGAGGGCCUUCUCGGUGGUGGCGCCCUCCCUGUGGAAUGCCCUCCCAUCAGAUGUCAAAGGAAAUAAACAACUAUCUGACUUUUAGAAGACAUCUGAAGGCAGCCCUGUACAGGAAAGUUUUGAUGUUUUAUUGUAUUUUUAACAUUCUGUUGGAAACCGCCCAGGGUGGCUGGGGAAACCCAGCCAGAUGAUGAUGAUGAUGAUGAUGAUAAUUUAUUGGUACCCCGCCCAUCUGGCUGGGUUUCCCCAGCCACUCUGGGCGGCUUCCACAAAGACCAAAAAUACACUAAGAUAUCACACAUUAAAAACUUCCCUGAACAGGGCUGUCUUAAGAUGUCUUCUGAAUGUCAGGUGGUUGUUUAUCUCUUUGACAUCUGAUGGGAGGGCGUUCCACAGGGCGGGUGCCACUACCGAGAAGGCCCUCUGCCUGGUUCCCUGUAGCUUUGCUUCUUGCAAUGAGGGAACUGCCAGAAGGCCCUCAGCGCUGGACCUCAGCAUCCGGGCAGAACGAUGGGGGUGGAGACGCUCCAUCAGAUAUACUGGACCAAGGCCGUUUAGGGCUUUAAAGGCCAGCACCAACACUUUGAAUUGAAUGAUGGUAUAAAUUAUUAUUAUUAUUAUUAUUAUUAUUAUUAUUAUUAUUAUGUCUCUGCAGCCCUCCAGAUUGCAAAUAGAACUUUUCCCAACACACUUUCUAUUCCUACGAAAACAAACAAACCCCAAACCCCACAUGCAUAAACAUUCCAAUGGCUGCAGAGAGAUCCAGGACUAUUAAGACCAAUGGGUGUCCUGGUUCAGUAAAGACAGGCUGAUCUUUGCUAACUCAUUCUGUCAGAUCCACAGCGACUUCUCCACACACUUGGCUUCGUUUCUUCCUGCCCACGGGGAGAGGGCUCAUGGAAAUCUUCCCGCCUGUUCUGUAAAGGACACCUGAGCUCUUCAGCGCUCAAACUGUGUUUUUUGUUUUUGUUUUUUCUUUUGACCUACUUAGGGAUCAGUUCAUGUGGCUGGUGGGCGUCUUGACCGUCUUCAGCACCCUGAUGUCCUUUGUGAAGCCGACCCUGAACGCUUACGCCCUCAACUCCGUCGCCUUGCACCUUUUAUACUUGAGUAACCUGGAAUUCAGAAAGUAAGUUGUGGGCAGAGAACCUUGCAAGCGUUGAACAGGCAAUUCUAAGGGCCCCCUAGUGCAGAGUCUGCCUCCCGCUUCAGUAGCUUCACAGAUAAGAAUUAGCAAGCAGUUUCUAUUUUAGGUAAAGGUAAAGGGACCCCUGACCAUUAGCUCCAGUCGUGGCCAACUCUGGGGUUGCGGCGCUCAUCUCGCUUUAUUGGCCGAGGGAGCCGGCGUACAGCUUCCGGGUCAUGUGGCCAGCAGGACUAAGCCGCUUCUGGCGAACCAGAGCAGCGCACGGAAAUGCCGUUUACCUUCCCGCCGGAGUGGUACCUAUUGAUCUACUUGCACUUUGACGUGCUUUCGAACGGCUAGGUUGCCAGAAGCAGGGACCGAGCAACGGGUGCUCACCCCGUCACGGGGAUUCAAACCGCCAGCCUUCUGAUCGGCAAGUUCUAGGCUUGGCAAGGCCAAAGCUCUGUGGUUUAACCCACAGCGCCACCUGUAGCACCUUAGAGACCAACUAAGUUUGUUCUUGGUAUGAGCUUUCGUGUGCAUGCACACUUUUUCAGAUACACUGAAACAGAAGUUGCCAGACCCUUAUAUAUAGUGGGAGGGUGGGGUAUUUCUCAGGAGGGUCAUGGGAGAUGGGUGAUUGACUCAAUGGGUAUUGUAAACCUGUUGAUGACUGUUAAUGAGUGCAAGUUUACCAUACCCAUUGAGUCAAUGCAGUCAUUAACCGUAGUCAACAGGUUUUUAUUCUUAUCCUUAAUUGCUGCAUUGUACUUGACACGGGUGGUGCUGUGGGUUAAACCACAGAGCCUAGGACUUGCCGAUCAGAAGGUCGGCGGUUCGAAUCCCUGCGACGGGGUGAGCUCCCAUUGCUCAGUCCCUGCUCCUGCCAACCUAGCAGUUCGAAAGCACGUCAAAGUGCAAGUAGAUAUAUAGAUACCGCUCUGGCGGGAAGGUAAACGGCGUUUCCGUGCACUGCUCUGGUUCGCCAGAAGCGGCUUAGUCAUCUGGCCACAUGACCCGGAAGCUGUACGCCGGCUCCCUCGGCCAGUAAAGCGAGAUGAGCGCCGCAACCCCAGAGUCGGUCAUGACUGGACCUAAUGGUCAGCGGUCCCUUUACCUUUACCUUUACUUGAUGCUAAAAAUCCAGCUCCAUUUUAUUCCCCCCAGGCCUUUGGUUGAUCUUAUUGAAAUUCGACACCCUUUUAGAAUGUGGCUUUUUUUGGGGGGGGUGUAUUGAGUUACUGCUUUCGGUUUGAUUUUAUAUGUUGUGGUCUUCUUGUGAACUGCCCCAAGACCUCCCGGUCUAGGGCAGUGUAUAAGUUAAAUUAAUAAUAAUAAUAGGUAAAAGGUAAAGGUAAAGGACCCCAGACGGCUAAGUCCAGUCAAAGGCAACUGUGGGGUUGCAGCGCUCAUCUCGCUUUCAGGCUGAGGGAGCCGGCGUUUGUCCACAGACAGCUUUCCGGGUCAUGUGUCCAGCAGGACUAAACCACUUCUGGCACAAUGGGACACCAUGACGGAAACCAGAGUGCACGGAAGUGCCGUUUACCUUCCCGCCACAGUGGUACCUAUUUAUCUACCUGCACCGGCGUGCUUUCGAACUGUUAGGUUGGCAGGAGCUGGGACCGAGCAACAGGAGCUCACCCCGUUGUGAUCAUAGUUAUAAUGCCCAUUUUGUCAAUGUAACCCCCCCAGCCUCAGGCGAGUGCGCCAACUAUUCCUGAUUGCAACCUUUUCCGCAGGUGCAACAACGUCCGCGUUCACCGUCUCAUCAGGACCAUGGUCGUGUGGUGGUGCAUCGCCAUCACCUGUUGGCUGACGGAUAAGUUUAUGUGUGGCAUCUGUCAGAGGGCCAAUUUCACCUACCUUCACAGCAUCUGGUAAGAAGGUCCUGCUCUUGGCUGCCCUGGAGGGCUAGACGAAAUGGAACGGUCUUCAUUUAUUGGGUAGUGGUGUCAGAAGCAAAAGCUUUGGGGUGGUAAGCACCGCUGGUACAAGGGAGCCCAUAACCUAGCCAUCUUGGCCAUCUCAUGAUGAAGCAGUUGCCUCAGGCAGCAAAUGAAGAAGAAUCUUUAUUUGCUUUGGCCACUAGACAUAAAAAGGUAAAGGGUAAAGGGACCCCUGACCAUUAGGUCCAGUCGUGGCCGACUCUGGGGUUGCGGCGCUCAUCUCACUUUAUUGGCCGAGGGAGCCGGCGUACAGCUUCCGGGUCACGUGGCCAGCAUGACUAAGCCGCUUCUGGCGAACCAGAGCAGCGCACGGAAACGCCGUUUACCUUCCCACCGGAGUGGUACCUAUUUAUCUACUUGCACUUUGAUGUGCGUUCGACCUGCUAGGUUGGCAGGAGCAGGGACCGAGCAACGGGAGCUCACCCCGUUGCGGGGAUUUGAACCACCGACCUUCUGAUCAGCAAGCCCCAGGCUCUGUGAUUUACAUAGCAAUAAAAUAAAAUAAAAUGUACUGAAGAUUCAGUGGUACCUCUGCAUAUGCACACCUCUAGUUGCGUAUCCUUCGGGUUAUGCAUGCGGCAAACCCAGAAGUAUUUUUCUGGGUUUCGCUGCAUGCGCAGAAGCACUCUAUGUGCCGCACAUGCGCAGAACAGGCACCUCUGGUUGUGAAUUCCUCGGGAUCUGACCAGAGCUCCAGAACGGAUCCCGUGUGCAACUGGAGGUACCACUGCAGAGGUAAAAACUUAACUGUAGAAAAUACAUUUUGGGGGUUUCAUCAAAUGCUUCUCAGUGGCAGCAAAUGCUUCUCAGAGGUUGCUCCCAGUCUUGGGAACUCUCUCCCUGGAGAAGCCAGACAGGCUCCUUCCUUGAUGUCCUUCUGCCAGGGCCUUCUCGGUGGUGGCUCCCUCCCUGUGGAACGCCCUCCCAUCAGAUGUCAAGGAAAUAAACAACUAUCUGACUUUCAGAAGACAUCUGAAGGCAGUCUAGUUUAGUGAAGUUUUUAGUGUUUGAUGUUUUAUCGCUUUAUUAUUAUAGUCGUACCUUGGUUCUCGAACGCCUUGGUACUCGUACGUUUUGGCUCCUGAACGCCGGAAACCUGGAAGUAAGUGUUCCGGUUUGCGAACGUUCUUCGGAAGCUGAACGUCCGACGCGGCUUCUGCUUGAGUUCAGGAAUCUCCCUCUGUUGUCAAAUGUUUCCGGAAGUCGGGCGAACUUCCGGAACGGAUUACUUUAGAGAACCAAGGUACAACUGUAUUCAUAUUAAGCUGGGAGCCACCCAGAGUGGCUGGGGAAGCCCAGCCUGAUAGGCGGGGUAUAAAUUAUAAAUUAUGAUGAUUAUUAUUAUAGUGGUACCUCAGGUUACAUACGCUUCAGGUUACAGACUCCGCUAACCCAGAAAUAGUGCUUCAGGUUAAGAACUUUGCUUCAGGAUGUGAACAGAAAACAUGCUCCAGCAGCGCGGUGUCAGCGGGAGGCCCCAUUAGCUAAAGUGGUGCUUCAGGUUAAGAACAGUUUCAGGUUAAGAAUGGACCUCCGGAACGAAUUAAGUACUUAACCCAAGGUACCACUGUAUUAUACCGUCAUACCUCGGGUUAAAGUUGCUUCAGGUUGAGCCUUUUCGGGUUGCGCUCCAUGGCGACCCAGAAGUAACGGAACGUGUUACUUCCAGGUUUCGCCGUUUGCGCAUGUGCAUUCGCUCAAAAUGACGCCAUGCGCAUGCGCAGAGAAUCGCAACCCGCGCACACGCAGACGCACAGAUGCAUUUUGCGUUCGCUUCAGGAUGCAAACAGGGUUCCGGAACAGAUCCCGUUCGCAUCCAGAGGUACCACUGUAUUUCAAAAAGUAAAAAAGCAAGACACCCCUGGCAGCCCUAGACAACAUUCUUUCCUUUUUUAAAAAACUCACAGGCAUCUUUGUAUCGUCGUUACCAUUUUCUACUGCGCCACCACGGUCGUCUACUUCGAUGUCUUCUACGAACUCCCUAGCUCCGAGCCCGACGUGGUUUACUGGCCCAGCGAGGGUAGCUUCUUUGCGCUGCCGUACAUCAACCUCCCAAAAUUCAAGAAGCAGUGCUAAGGGACUGCGAGACCGCUGAGGAUAACAGGAGCCCGGCACUGAUCCUACGGGUUCGACCCAUUACGACGACUGAGCCCUAUGCUUGUUUGGCCGGCGAAAGGCUUCGCGCCGCCAAACCCUUGUUACCUGGGAGACCGCGCAUGCAAGUAGCUUUGUCGCAUGGCUUGUCGCCCAACCCUGUUGCGCAGCGAGUUUUCCCGCCAGCCCGGCCAUACUGAACGGGAUGCCUCCGUUAUGCAACACUGAAACUUGCCCGUUCCCCAGAGAAUGGCGGACACCGUAUUUAAGCUAUUUAUAGAGGACGUGUGGAGGGAAUGAGAGAACGAACGGAUCUCUCGCUUUAUGGACGUUCUGCGCAUGUUCACCACUGCCUUGCUCCAACCUGUAUUAA